ACUGUGUAAAACGAACGGCCAAUAAAUAAAAAGAUAAAAUGUUAAAACGGGGAGCACACCGUAAAAACAAAAACACAUCUAGUGUCUACACAAACAUUAAAGACAACUAUGAUAUCCGGACCAGAAAAUACAUCAAACGCUACCAAAACGGCCUACAACAAAUCACCAGACUGGCGGAAUCCACGAAAUUUCUGGAGACGUGCAGAAGAAGUGGCUUAACACCAAAUUUCAUCAGCAACGCCACCAAAAAUAUCCUCUACACAAUCAACAAAAACACCAGCAACAACCGAAUACCAACACAACUCUCAAACGCAGUGACGGCUUACAUCAAUAAAGUGCAACUAAAACUGGUAAACCUUAUCAUCAAAAUAAAGCAUUCACUCCGUCGACAAAUAGUAAAAGAGGUAAAUAGGCUAGAAACGCUAAUAACACAACAACUCAACAUAAAUGAUUCCACCGUAUUUUUCGAAAGUGAGAAAUUAUUAGCAAAUAAACUCACAACAACAAUUAAGAAGACACAAACCAAAAAAUAUGAAAAACUAAAGCAGAAACAAAAACAGUUACUAAACAUUAGGGUGAUACCAGAAUGGUUUUGUAAUAAGACAACCAUAAAUAUACCAAUAGAUAUCCAGUGGCUUUUAUCUCUUGGUCCAAAAUAUGCCUUACCAACAGAAAAUAAAAACUUUCCACUAUUUCAAUUUAUAGCAGACGGAGAAAACUGUAUACAAACAAUUACGGACAAAGAAAAACAAGAGAUUGAAAGAAAUAACUUGACGACGCUAAUACGCGACCACCUUAACAUAAUAACACACUACGACAAAUCUACAGCAAUACAAAGGACAAGAUUCCGAAUUUUGAGAAAUCCAACGUAGUGUAUAAAAUUCCAUGCAAUGGCGACGGGUCCCACGUAUGUAAUAAGGUAUAUGUAGGGACAACUAAAUCAAAGUUAAAGACAAGGAUUUCCGCUCAUAAGUCAAAUAUUAAAUUAAAGAACAACUCCUCGGACAACAAGACGGCCUUGUCAUAUCAUUGUAAGAAUACGGGACAAUAUCCAAACUUUGACAACGUAGCAAUUUUAGAAAAGGAAAAACACUACCAUAAACGCUAUACUUUGGAAAUGCUACAUAUUAUGAACACCCCUAACAAUAAAAGGAUGAACUUCAAAUCGGACACCGACAAUUGCGCGCAUGUUUAUCGCAACUUAAUUCUAAGACAACAACAAUUCAUAGUAUAGGUGUCAUGUGUUCGUUCGCAGUCCACUGUCAUUCCGUACCUUAUAUGUUUCGGACAACAACAAAAGAGAGCUGCAGUGAUAUGCAUACAUAUUUAUGUCUUACUGUUCGUUUUCCUAUGUAUUGUUGUUCGUGGAUUUUUGUUUACAAUUACUGUAUUUUGAAUUGUUUACAUUCUCAUGUUGAUGUUUUCUAUUGUCUCCAAAUUUGCUUGUUUAAUUA